AUGCCUAAACUUCCUCAAGAAAUAAUUGAAGAUAUACUUUCCAGGCUACCAGUGAAGAAUUUGGUGCAGCUCAAGUGUGGAUGCAAGGCCUGGUUUGCAUUAAUCUCUGACCCUCAAUUUGCCAAACUGCAGCUCAAAAAAGCAAAAGAAACGACUAACCUGCAAAAAAUAUUUUUCGCGAAUUGCCCCCUUCAGACCAUUGAUGUUGAUGUUGAGGUGUUUGGUGAUGUUGAUAGUGAUUGGGUAUCGAAGCAGGUUGGUUAUCCUGAAAAUUGGGCAUAUACUGGAGGAUCUUGUAAUGGUUUGGAUUCAGUCUUUUACGGACUUGGUUACGAUGUCCUCAUCGACGAUUACAAAGUAGUGAGAGGUGUUAUCUCUGCAGCUAGUAGUGGUUCCAGUUCCAGAGAAGCUAAAGUUGAGGUUCUUGAACUGAAAACCAAUACCUGGAGAAGGAUUCAGUAUCCACACUUGAGUUUCAACAUUGAUGGACCAGGAGUUUUUUCGAACGACCAUUUGCAUUGGCUAGGGAUACGAGAUGGAGAAAGUGAUUGGAUAUAUGUGCCUGUGAUAAUUUCAUUUGAUCUCAUAGAAGAACGGUUCAAAAUGUUUGCGCCUGUGCAGGAAUAUAAUAUAGACAGUCUGGGUUUGGGAAAUUUGGGAGACAACCUAGUCAUACUUUGUGAACGUGAAGGAACUUUUUAUGAGGUCUGGGAAAUGAAAAAAAAUGGAGCGGAGGAAUCAUGGACUAGAUUGUUUAGUGUCUCAAUUGAAAUUUUUCCUUACUCUGAAUUUGAUGUCACUCUAGUAGGCUUCAAAAAGGAUGGAAAAUUAUUACUGGAUUUUGAUGGAAGGGAAUUAGUUGUGUACAACACAAAAGAAGAGACCUUAAGAAAUUUCCUAAUUGAUGAUGAUUGGGAUCAUUUUGCAGCAGUCAUAUAUGAAGAGAGUCUAAUUUCACCAAAUGUUGCUGUUCAUGAUGAAGCAAUCAGGCUAAAUCAAGCAGAGGAUGUAGAAGAGAAGGGGGAAGAUUCCAGUGAAGAGGUUCAGCUCAAGAAAAAAGUUCCUACUGGGAUGAGCAUAACUGUGCUUUAA